GACAUUGGAGGAUUGCUGCCGACACACAAGUGAUGUGCUCUUUUGAUGGCAUUUGACAUCAAGGGACGUAGUCGACAGCGAGUGAAGGCAUGAAGUCUACAUGGACUGACCCAUGGAGACAAGAGGCUGAAGGCUGUACUCUGUGAAAAGCUCAUCUUUGCCCAAUUUCUGAAUAUCUCAUAAACGCGUCAGUGGUGCAAUUUUCACCUUUUUUCAGGACAGUCUGCUGUGACUGCCAUGUCCCCUGUUCAGCUGGAUGAAAUGGUCCCAUGAAUCAAGAGUGCAUGCUCAGAAUGAAGCAGCCCCUCUGAAGACCUCGGGGGUCGUACCCAGUCGUAUGUUGAUCAGAGAGCUCCUGUGGCAUGUGGAGGAACGUGAGCAUCUGGCGAGGGAGCUGGAGCGGGAGCACAGGCUGGCCCACAGCGCCCUGGGUCUCCAUUGGUUUCAGAAAUACCCCAGGUUACGGACCCUCAUCCCCACAUCAGAGCUACACCAACUGGAGUUCCUGUGUGCCCAGAUCCCACCCAUCCACGCAGCCACCGUGCUCUCCAGGUUUCGUGAGGUGCUUGCCACCAACAACAUAAUGCCCUGGGAGCUGGCAUCUGUCUUCAAACAGGUGCUGAGUGACUUUUUGAGCCAAAAAGAAUAUGAUGAAGAGGAUAACCUCUCAGUGCAGCCAGCACAACACCGACCAAUGGAGGCUUGGACCAGCCGCUACAUAAUGAAGCAGGGCUUUGUCACACCCACUGUCCCCAACUGUGGAGACCACUCAAGGGAGGAGAUCCCAACAAUCUCUGGAUACGUGGAUAGAGCUAUGCGGCACUCCAGUUUGUUUGCAGGGUCCAACAGGGACUGGGACCUUCCAUAUUACUAUCCAGUUCCUCUCAGGCCCACAGCGACGUACAGCACUACACUGUGAGAGAACCACUGCUGUGGACAAACAGUUAUCAUAUCCACAGCAUGGAGACAAUAUGCAAAAACCUGAUUAUUUGUAUUAGUUGCAGAUAUAUCAUAGCUUGUGACCAAAACGUGAAAACGAUGUUAGGCUAGGUGGACAAUUAUUUCAAUAAAAUAACUAGUUUGUCACCUGCUCUUUUAAAUCCUUACUUAAUAGAAUGAUUAUGUGUAGUCCUGAUUAAAAGCCUUUUAGACUUUGUACAGUUGGGCAUGUAUUUUAAGGAUGUAUUGCCAGGUGGUGGAAGUAAUAUGGUCAUAAGUCACAUGGACAAAGCGUGUAAAAACAGCCUUUGUGGCUUGUGAGUGAAGCAAUGUCCACUUGCUCCUGCUGGUCACAGGCUGAAAAGUUCAACCAAAGACUGAUGUUCCCCUUAACAUGUUUUAGAGCCUUAGAAGGAUAAAACUAUAAUGUAUUUAACAAUAAUAAAAAAUAGAUUGUGGAAAAAUCUGGAAAAAUAAACAUAUUUUUUUGUAAAUUAUUUUGAUAUCUCUUAAGUG